AUGGCGCUGCUCCAGACUAGGAUGCGAGGGGCCUUUGGCAAGCCCCAGGGCACUGUGGCUAGGGUCCACAUUGGCCAAGUCAUCAUGUCCAUCCGCACCAAGCUUCAAAACAAGGAGCAUGUGAUUGAGGCCCUACGCAGGGCCAAGUUCAAGUUCCCUGGGCGUCAGAAGAUCCACAUCUCCAAGAAGUGGGGCUUCACCAAGUUCAAUGCUGAUGAGUUUGAAGACAUGGUGGCUGAGAAGCACCUCAUCCCAGAUGGCUGUGAGGUCAAAUACAUCCCCAACCGUGGCCCCUUGGACAAGUGGAGGGCCCUGCAUUCGGGAAGGCCUUGGUAG